GUCAUAACAUAAAUCCUAGAGGCUAGAGGUACAUCCCAGAGGGAUUGAGAUCCUGAGAAAAAAGGGAGAGAGACAGAGAACGAAAAUGGUUUCAGGGUCAGGUAUCUGUGCUCGUAGAGUGGUGGUUGAUGCACGCCACCACAUGCUUGGCCGCCUCGCUUCGAUCCUAGCGAAGGAACUUCUCAAUGGCCAGAAGGUGGUCGUCGUUCGUUGCGAGGAGAUCUGCCUUUCCGGUGGUCUCGUCCGCCAGAAGAUGAAGUACCUUCGCUUCCUUAGGAAGAGGAUGAACACGAAGCCCUCUCAUGGCCCUAUUCACUUCCGUGCUCCUUCUAAGAUUCUCUGGAGGACUAUUCGAGGGAUGAUUCCUCACAAGACCAAGCGUGGUGCUGCUGCGCUUGCUCGUUUGAAGGCCUAUGAGGGUGUCCCUCCUCCUUACGAUAAGAUUAAGAGGAUGGUUAUUCCCGAUGCUCUGAAGGUCUUGAGGCUUCAACCUGGACACAAAUACUGUUUGAUGGGCCGCCUCUCGUCAGAGGUUGGAUGGAACCAUUAUGAUACUAUCAAGGAGCUUGAGGCAAAGCGGAAGGAGAGGGCCCAAGUAUCAUAUGAGAGGAGGAAGCAGCUGACCAAAUUGAGGGUCAAGGCUGAGAAGGCUGCUGAAGAGAAGCUUGGUUCCCAAUUGGACGUUCUUACAUCCGUUAAAUAUUAAAUGUUUGGGGGGCACUUUUUCAGAGAUUUGGCUUGGUUUGGAAUUAAACCUUCAGUUUCACCCAGAGAGAAUGGCAUAUUUUUCCCUUGUUUUUUAUUUUUUAUUUUUUUGGUAUUUUGGGUAGCUUUGUAGAGCUUCUGAAUUUACUUCUGUUCUCUGUAUGAACAAGACGGCUGGGCAUCUGUUACUUGUUGAACUACUACUUUUGAGUUUAACCACCGCUUCUCACAUGGAAAA